CACUUGCGUUAUGAAUUCAUAAAGAUAACAGCAAAUUAAAGUAGUCUAGUGUUUUCCUACAGUCAUAUAACCAUUUUCACCUUAACUAUGUUGUUUUCUCUGAUUGUACUACGCUAACAAAACCUUAUGUAUGUCCAAGAGUUUGAAAUAUGUAUGAUGAAAAUACAUGGUCCUAAUUUCGAUAUGUUUUUUUAAGAUAAGCCAAUAGAAUACAGACAAGACACUUCUUGCAAGAAAACAAAACCAUGGACAUGAUAGGAUGUGAGCUUCUGAAGCAUCAAAGCUCCUUCAUAUGAUUCUGUAAAUAAUAAUAAUAAGAAGAACAAGAAGAAUAAACAAAAGAAAAGAAAAAGCAAUUAUAGACAUGCUGAGAUUCACAUUCACAUAUUUCAGAAUCAAUUCUGCUAUUACAAAAGCUAUUAGGAGUUUGGUUCUCCCUGAAUCAGUUCCCCUUUUUAACAUGACAAUCUACCGUUUAUCCAAACAUGCACUAUAAUAUGUCUACAAAAUUAACUGAAUUAGAGCACCUUGUAUAUACUCCAUCCAAUAAAUAGAAGCAAAUGGAGCCAAACAGACAAAUUCAUUGGAGAACAAAAUUCCCAGUCAAAUGAAUCAAUCAACUAUAAUCAAAAGGGAAAAAAGGUAUUACCGUUGGUUUCGAUUAGCCCUCUAUGCAGCACUGGUGUUGGUGUGCCAAUCAGCUGCAAUACUUCUGGGAAGAUUGUACUAUGAAAAAGGAGGAAACAGCAAAUGGAUGGCAACACUAGCCAACCUUGCAGGUUUCCCUAUUCUGCUUCCUUACUAUCUCAUCUUAGCAUCCAAGGAUCUCAACACCACAAAUAGCUUUCAUCAGAAUCAACCUUCUGUUUCAAUGCUAGCAUUUGUCUAUGUCUCCCUUGGCCUUCUUGUGGCAUUAGAUUGUUAUUUAUACUCUGUUGGACUUUUAUACCUCCCUGUCUCUACUUACACACUCAUUGGCUCAUCUCAAUUGGCUUUCAAUGCUCUCUUCUCCUUCUUUCUCAAUUCACUGAAAAUCACACCUCUCAUCAUCAACUCUCUAGUCCUUCUAACCAUUUCCUCCUCCCUCCUUGUGUUUCAAAAGGACUCAUCAUCUGAUGAUUCCGCGCAAGUCUCCAACAAAAAUUAUGUGAUUGGAUUCAUAUGCACAGUUGCUGCAUCAGCAGGCUAUGGAUUGGUGCUUUCCCUUACCCAAGUUGCUUUCAACAAGGUUAUUAAAAGGGAAACUUUCAAAGUGGUUAUGGAUAUGAUAAUCUAUCAGUGUCUUGUAGCUACUUGUGCUUCUCUAGUGGGACUUUUUGCAAGUGGAGAGUGGAAGGGUUUGAAGAAAGAAAUGGAGGGGUAUGAGUUGGGUAAGGCUUCCUAUGUACUGACUCUGACUUUCACAGCUAUACUUUGGCAAGUCUUUAGUAUUGGUAGUGUGGGACUGAUUAUUGAGGUCUCUGCACUCUUCUCUAAUGCUAUAAGCACUUUGGGGGUGCCUAUAACUCCUAUAUUGGCUGUGAUGUUCUUUCAUGACAGAAUGUAUGGAAUCAAGAUUAUCUCUAUGGUGUUGGCUGUCUGGGGAUUUAUAUCUUAUGUGUAUCAGCAGUACCUGGAUGAAUGCAAGUCCCAAACAGGAAACAGAGCCACUCCUCACGUUCCCAAAGAUUCUUCACCUUUAGAAGAGGGUAGUAUACUAUAGAUGAAUUAGCUAAGCUUUAAAUCAACAUUUUCUACAUAGUGUUGGUUCUGGCAGUAGUACCUGUUUUAUUACUAUAUUUAAUUCACUCUUAAGCAGUUGUGUAUCAAAAACCUUUGUUAUAAGAGCUAGUUUAGUUCAGAUAUGAUUGUGAAUUAAGUGAAUGAAUGAGUUGAAUGCAA